UGGGACUUCAGUUGUACUUCACUGACUUAGGUUGACUGGAAUGUGUUCUGACUGUUUUUUGUUUUUCCUGGUUAAAUGUCUUUUAGACAAGGAAAAUGAAGCUGAAGCACAGAAAGAUUCUGUAAACUAACCCUGGUCAUCUUGAUGAAGAUGGACAUUUCAGAUUCUCUCUAAAGACUGAAGACAAAGUCAGAAAAAGUCAUACAAGAUGGCAAAUAAUUCUGAAGUGUUGCAGGAUACAACUGAUAAACAAGAUCAAACUGGCCGAGUCCAGACCACCAGACCUCAGAAUGAACCAGUCCAAAACUUCACAGCUCAGAAUGGAGGGACAGUCAAUGCACCUCUUCUACAUGGAAAUGAGUUUAACGGACCAGUUUAUAUGAACUUUGGAGCUGACUCUUCGCACAGAGAUGGAGACAGAAAUGAAGAGGACACUGGUAAGAGUGCAGCAGCCUCCUCCACUGCAGCUCAGACUGGAGUCUCAGUUAGUGCUCUUACUGCAGCAGCUAAAGAAGAUGGAGGUGUAAAAGAUGCACUGAAAAGACAUUUUGUGGCAAAGUUUGCAAAGCUGUAUGACAGGACUUCACUAGAAGGGAGUAAUUUGCUUUUCAAAGACAUUUACACUGAACUUUAUGUGAUUGAAGGCUGCACAGGAGGAGUGAACACUGAGCAUGAAGUGAGACGGAUAGAAUGUUUUUAUCCCAAAAUAGAGGAAAUACCAAUCAAAUUCAGUGACAUUUUCAAAACACAAUCCAGUCAAAAUGUGCUUGGUACUAAAGUACUUACACUGGGAAUAGCAGGAGUGGGAAAAACAGCCUCUGUACACAAGUUUAUUCUUGACUGGGCUGAAGACAAAUGCAACCCAGAUUUAGAUUUUGUUCUGUUUUUUCCCUUUCGAGAACUGAACGUGAUCAAAAACGAACAGUACAGCCUCUGGAAUCUUCUACUUUACUUCCAUGAUGAGUUCUGUAAUGCGGAUGUAAGUGAGAUCUUGAAUGAUAAGAGUAAGGUGGUUUUUAUAUUAGAUGGACUGGAUGAAAGUAAACUUAAUCUAGAUUUUAAUCAAAAGAAACUAUCUAAUGUAACAAAGGAGAGCACCAUUGAUAAACUAUUAACAAACCUCAUCAAAGGAGAGCUGCUUCCCUCUGCUCUCAUCUGGAUAACCACUCGACCAGCAGCAGCCAAACAGAUUCCACACGAAUACAUUCAUCAUGUGACAGAAAUACGUGGAUUUAAUGAUCCACAGAAGGAGGAGUACUUCAGGAAGAGAAUUAGGGAUAAAGAUCCCAGCAGAAUUAUUUCACACAUUAAAACAGCAAGAAGUCUCCACAUUUUGUGUCAUAUACCAGUCUUCUGUUCAAUCUCAGCCACUGUGCUACAGGAAAUGUUGAAGGAUGACAAAGACAUGAAAAAUGCUCCUACAACUCUUACAGAAAUGUACACACGUUUCCUGCUGUUUCAAACAAGAAAAAAGACUGAGAAAUACAGCACAAUGCAAAAUGAGGACAGUACAGUUCGACCAUCUGAGAGAGACAGACUGGGAGUAGAGGGUGUACUGAAGCUUGGAAAAUUAGCCUUUCUUCAGUUACUAAAAGGACAACUCAUAUUUUAUGAGAAGGAUCUGAAAGAAUGUGGCAUUGAUGUUGAUGAAGCUGUAGUGUACUCUGGAGUUUGUACACAAAUCUUUAAAAAGGAUGAGAAGAUUUUCAGCUUUGUGCAUUUGAGUUUCCAGGAGUUUCUUGCUGCCGUCUUUGUGUUCCUCACAUUCAGUCAUGAAUGUAACCCACUCCUUCAAACCAUAAUGGAGAAAAUAAAGUGGGUGUUUAAACAUACACUGGGUGAUCUCCUCAAGACAGCAGUGCGUAAGGCCAUGAAGAGUGAAAAUGGACAUCUGGACCUUUUCCUCCGCUUCCUUUGUGGCCUCUCCCUGGAGUCCAAUCAGAGGCUCCUUAAGAGUCUACAGCCAGAAAUGGACAUCAAAGAAGAGAGCCUAAAAGACAUUGUAGACUACAUUAAAAGAACGAUUGAAAAGACAAAACACUCUGAGAAGAGCAUCAAUCUCUUCCACUGCCUGGGUGAACUGAAAGACAGCUCUCUUUCAAGCAACAUUCAGGAAUAUCUGAACUCAGGAGAUCUCUCAACACAGAAACUGUCAUCUACACAGUGGUCAGCUCUGGUGUUUGUGUUGUUGAUGUCAGAAGAGACACUAGAGAAGUUUGAGCUGAAGAAAUACAGACCAUCAGAUGAAGGACUGAGGAGAUUACUGCCAGUGGUGAAAAGCACAAGACGAGCAUUGUUGGAUCAUUGCAACCUUAGUGAAGACAUCUGUGAAAUACUGGCAUCAAUGUUGAAUUCAGAUUCACCACUGAAAGAGCUGGACCUCACUGCCCUGCUGAGGCAGUGGGACCUGAAGACCUCCUUCAAGGAGGGCAGAGAGCAGCUGAUGAUCUUCUGGGCUGUGCUGAUGACUCUCUGA